AUGACCAUCACCAACACUUAUACGAUAUUGAAGGCAUUACCUCUGGACAAAUAUGUUGCCUAUCCAACAAGACAGUCAUUGCCUGCCGUAUGGAUGCGAUCAGGAACUUCAAAAGGCCUUUUCAUCCACCGCAAACAUUUACCCGAGACAAUAGAGCUGUGGGCACCGAUCCUCCUAUCGGCAAUGGGAUCGUCUAAUGGCAAUGGCCGCCAGCUUGAUGGUAUAGGUGGCGCCACCUCAACGACUUCAAAAGUCGCCGUGGUUGCCAAAUCAAACCGACCUGACAUCGACGUCGAGUAUACAUUCGUCCAAGUUGCUCCUGACCGAGCGAAGAUAGACAUGACUGGCAACUGCGGAAAUAUUGCAUCUGGUGUGGGCCCUUUCGCAGUGGAUGAGGGACUUGUGAAGGUGACACCUGGUCAAACCGAGAUCGAUGUCCGCAUUUUUAACACCAAUACUGGACAAAAUAUCGUGGAAACAAUCGAGCUGUCUCUGAACGGAACGUGCAAGGAGUAUGGAAAUUGUCGCAUUCCUGGUGUGGAGGGUACGUCAAGUCCUAUCAAGGUUGCAUUUCUCAAUCCCGAAGGCAGUAUGACUGGGAAGAUGUUCCCCAGCGGCGCGACACAGGAGACUCUCGCAGUUCGAACAAGGAGAGUGGGAGUUCUAGAAGUGCGAGUGAGUCUGGUCGAUGCGGCCAAUCCAUUCGUUCUGGUGGACUCUCGAUCUUUGAAGAGGAAAGGUCACUGCAGCUGGCCAGAUCCAGCAGAUGAAGUCUUCAUUUCCGUCGCAGAAGACAUUCGAAGAGAAGGUGCUGUUCAGUUCGGAUUGGCGGCAAAUAUUGAGACAGCAGGUGCCGUGCAAGGCACUCCUAAAAUCGCAUUCUUAUCUCCACCUGCAGAUGCAAGCUCGGAUCUGGAUGUGCUUUCGUUCACUAUGGGAAGACCCCAUACUAGUCUGCAACUCACCGGCGCGGUGUGCAUCGGUGCUGCUAUGGCAAUCCAUGGCACAGUCGCAUGGCGCUUAGCUAGCGAAGGUGUGGCGGGUAAGCUUCCUAAGCACGGAAUGGAGAUUGAGGGCCAGAAGAUUGCAAAUGCCGUACCAGUGGGAAUUAAACAUCCGGCUGGUGUGAUACAGGCUGAGACUACCUUGGGUCUAUCUGGAGAUGGGAGGAUUCAAAUAAAGCAGGUUGCGGUUAUCCGAACCGCGCGUCGCCUUUUCGAGGGCAACGUGUUCUAUAAAACAUAA